AUGGCUACCGCAACCACAACGGUCCAGACGAGGAGCAGGGCGGCAAAGCAGCAGGCUGCUCUUUCCGCUCCCAUUCAGCUCGAGGCCAAGGGACAGGAAUUUCCCGAUGUCAAGACCAUCAAGAGCUGGAUUCCUGAGCACUGCUUCCAGCCCUCGGUCGCCCGUUCCAUGAGCUAUGUCGUCCGCGACUAUGCCAUGGCCCUCUCCCUGGGCUGGGCGGCCUUGACCUACAUCCCUCAGAUCGAGAACCCCCUCUACCGUACUGCCGCCUGGAUCGCCUAUGGAUACGUUCAGGGCCUCAUCUGUGUCGGUAUCUGGAUUCUAGGCCACGAGUGCGGCCACGGCGCCUUCUCCGUCCACAACAAGUUCAACGACUUCAUGGGCUGGUUUAUGCACUCCUCCCUUCUCGUCCCUUACUUCAGCUGGAAGUUCUCCCACCACCGCCACCACCGAUUCACCGGCCACAUGGAGAAGGACAUGGCCUUCGUGCCCCAGACUGUCGAUGCCCGAUCGCGCAAGCGCCUUGCCAACUUGUACAUGGAUUCCGACCUGUUUGAGGACACUCCCAUCGUCCAGGCCUUCAAGCUGGUCUUCCACCAGCUGUUUGGCUGGCAGACAUACCUUCUCACCAACGCCUCGGCCGGUAAGGGUAGCUUGCAGCGCGAGGGAGCAAGCUGGUUCCGCGUCAGCCACUUCGAGCCCACCUCCGCCGUCUUCAGACCUAACGAGGCUGUCUUCAUUGCUCUGUCCGACCUCGGACUGGCCCUGACCUCGGGCGCUCUGUACUACGGCUCCACGAUCUACGACUGGCAGACGAUGGCUCUCCUCUACAUUAUCCCUUACAUGUGGGUUCACCACUGGCUUGUGGCCAUCACCUACCUGCACCACAACCACCCUGAGGUGCACCACUACGAGGCCGAGUCUUGGUCCUACGUCAAGGGCGCGCUUGCCACCAUCGACCGCGACUUUGGCUGGGUUGGCCGACAUCUGUUCCACAACAUCAUCUCUGACCACGUUGUCCACCACCUUUUCCCUCGCAUUCCCUUCUACAAGGCCGAAGAGGCCACCGAGGCCAUCAGGCCCAAGCUCGGCAAGCUCUACCACCGCGACGAGCGCUCCUUCCUCGGCCAGCUGUGGUCCGUCUUCACCACAUGCAAGUACGUCGAGAAGGACCCCAACGAGCCAGGUGCCAUGAGGUGGGCGAACCUCAAGGACGAUUAG